AUGACGGACUUGGCGUCUAUCCCGCCCCAGCAUCACACCACCCUCGCAACCCCGCGUCUGCGCCUCCGGGCCGUCAGGGCGGGGGAUCUGGCGGCUGUGCAUGCGAUGCGCGUCGACGAGGCGGUGAUGCGGUACAUGCCCGGCGUCGAAACGGAGCUCGCGGCGGAGAAGUCCCGGAGUGUGGAGCGAAUCAGGAUGAUGAUGAAGACGGGCAUGUUCUCGUUCGCGGUGAUUCUACCUUUACCUUUCCACGCUCCCUCUCCUGCCUCUCAUGAGAAAGAUGAAGAAGGGGGAAAAGGGCAAGUCAUUGGCUUCCUGGGGAUCACCUCGCCCCCGCAGAUCUUCUACAUCUUUUCCCGGGGCUCGUGGGGAACGGGAUACGCCACGGAGGCUUUGAGGGCGUUCUUAGGAGAGUAUUGGGGACGGUUUCCCGGCGGGUUGAAGACUGAGGCGGGUUCUGGGUCGGUCGGGGUGGAGAAGGAUGAAGGGGGAGAUUUCCUGGAGGCGCAUGUUCAUGAUGGGAAUGUAGGCAGUGAGAAUGUUCUGCGAAAGUUGGGGUUUGAGGUCGUCCGGGAGGAAAAGACGAUGGCGCAUGGGGUCGAGGUUGGGACGCAGGUUUACCGGCUGAACCGACCUCGGUAG